UUCAACUGGAUUCGAGACGGCGACUAGUUAACUAGUCAGUUCAGUCAGUUUAAGUUCCAACUUUCACGUCGAUGUAGCUCGGUAGUAAGAGACUCUCGGAGGCUUUAAAAUAGUAUUUGCGAGUGGUUGUGCGAGGUCUGCUGCGUGUCAUCGAUAGGCAGCGGCAUACGUGCUGAUUACGUACCGACAAAAUCGUUCGUGAGAGAGUCGCCUGCGAGUCGUGAGAAUUUUGUGCGCGAUCGCUACGUAAGGGACUACGUGUGGGACGACACGGGUGUUGCACACUCCCAUGAGCGUUAACCGUCGUAAUGAGAAGUGAUCGUCGUCGUCGCCGACGUCGCCGCUACCACGGAGUACUCACCGUUCUCUGACCUACGGUUGCCGCAAAGUUAUCCUUUACGACAGACAUUCUGUGUCGGGACUGUGUUGCACUGUCGUGAGGACGAUGCCCCGCGUCGUCCAGCAGCAGCGUCGUUAGACUCGUUAGUGUGGUAGUUUCAGUGCGUCACGUUUCAACCGUCAGCACCACGCGACAAAAUCUCGUAGCGCUUGACAUAUAGAUUUUGUGUGUGAAGACUGUAGUAAAGCGAGAGAGAGACAGAGAGAGAAGUGAAGAGAGAGAGAGAGGGCGAGAGAUCAAAAGACAGAAGGAGCGAAGAAGACCGCAUCGAAGACGGACGAAGACGUGCCAGAAGACGUCCAUCGCGUGAGACAACUCGCCAAUCUUAAAAAGAGGCAGGACAUUUUAAUCACUUGGGGAACAACAAAUAGCAGUUGAUAAAAGUCUCCUGUCAAGUAAAGCGCAGAAAUGGAGAGUUCUGACGAGCCGACUAGUUUGCAGUCCAUAUGUCAUCUGCACGCCUCAGAAUUGUUUCCCAAGCACACGCAUUUCGAAUGCGAAGACGAAUCACUGACGAUUCCGUUCACACCGUUGAGUGGAGAAUCUGUCGUGGCAUUGGGACGAACGACAGAUGGUGUACUGGCGCUCUCGAAUUAUAGACUUUACUUGCAAUUAAGCAAAACAUGUUACAAUAUACCUCUGGGUCUUAUAGAGCAGUUAGAGGUCAAAGAGAUUUUUUAUUUGCACAUUGGAUGUAAAGACGCGCGUUCUCUAAGUUGUGCAUUUACCACAAAUGAACACUGUUUGGGGUGGUUCAAGCGAUUACACAAACUGACCUAUCCACGGAAAAACAUAGAAGAUAUAUUUGCGUUUGCGUAUUAUGCAUGGUCCGUAGAAGAGGGUAAAGAUUAUCCUAGGCUUGGAAAAGAUAUCGGCUCGUAUAAUGCGACUUUUAAUUCAGAGGUGGAGCGAUUGAAAUUCAAUUUACACGGCACAUGGCGUAUAAGUCAAAUAAACAAAGAUUACCGGAUGUGUCCAUCUUAUCCACCACAGCUCUUGGUUCCUGCUUGCAUUUCCGAUGAAACUCUUGAAUUUGUUGCCAAAUUCAGAAGUUCUAGACGUAUCCCAGCUAUUGUGUGGAGGCAUGUAAAUAAUGGCGCCGUGAUAGCUCGUAGUAGUCAGCCGGAAGUGGGAUGGCUCGGUUGGAGAAGUUCAGAGGAUGAAGAUCUGCUGAAGGCUCUCGCCGAUGCGUGUAGCUACGAUAAAGGUGAAUCUACAAUGGUAGAUUCGCCUGUUACGUAUUCCGACGCGGGUGACGAUAUUCAACCGAGUGUUUCCAAGAAAGUUCUAAUUGUCGAUGCCAGAUCUUACACAACCGCAGUGGCAAAUCGGGCACGUGGCGGCGGUUGCGAGUGUCCCGAAUAUUAUCCGAGUUGCGACAUACAAUUUAUGAAUUUGCCGAAUAUUCACUCGAUACGGAAAAGUUUUCACGCUGUGCGACAGCUUUGCGCAUCAGACGCGGAUCAACCGAAUUGGUUAAGUUUACUGGAAGGAACGCGAUGGUUGCAACAUAUGUCGGGAUUAUUACGGGCGGCAGUCACCGUGGCGUCCGCAAUCGAAAGGGACGGUCGACCAGUAUUAGUGCACUGCAGCGACGGUUGGGACAGAACGCCUCAAAUCGUAGCACUGGCACAAAUAUUACUUGAUCCGUACUAUCGCACUAUGGAGGGAUUCCAAGUUUUGGUCGAGAGAGAAUGGUUAGACUUCGGACAUAAGUUCGCCGAUCGAUGCGGCCAAAUGAUCGGUUAUGAUGAUCCCAAUGAACGUUGUCCAGUAUUUCUUCAAUGGCUUGACUGUGUCCAUCAAUUAAUUCUACAAUUUCGAUGUAGUUUUCAAUUUUCAUCAGCGUAUCUUGUAAAAUUAGCUCAGCAUACGUAUUCGCAGUUAUUCGGAACAUUCCUAUGUAAUACGAGGCAAGAAAGGCUGCAGUUGAGGAUACGCGAACGCACGUUUUCCGUUUGGCGUUUUCUCAACUCGACUGCGUUCGUAAAUCAUUUAUAUUCGCCGUUAAAGAAUCAGGUAUUAUGGCCGAGUUGUAAUGUGCGCGAUCUUGUUCUGUGGUCCGAGGUAUAUUUAGGUUCCAUGGAAUCGUCUCUCGGUAUGCGAGACGAUAAACAGAGAAUCGCGAUGAUAGACAUCGAGGGCGGCGAGAGCGAGGAACCACAGGGCCAAAUGACGAAAACGAGAUCGUACGGUGACCUUAUGCACGCGCCCGAUCAUGCGGCUCAUUUGCACCGCAGACGUAGCGAUCCGAGUAUUUCAAUGGAGAAAAAAUUCGAUUCUCUGACGCUUGAGACUGAAACGGAUCAAAAAAGCGUGAAGAAUGUUGACGAUAACAAAAAUCAAGCCGCGAAUGAGACCUCACCAAAACCCGAAACCGAAAACAAACGAUGUACGAUAAAUCAAACAUCUAACGAUUUGCCCGCCAAUCCCUCAGUAGAUAGUUCCACCGAUACCUUGAUACCCAAUAAUGAUUCUGUUACAGCAGUUAAAGGAGAGAAAGAAAUACUUCAGACAAAUUCAUCACGGGAUAUCGUGUCGCCAUGGAUCGAAACCGGCACUACCACUGGACGGACUGUUUGUUCAUCGUGUAAUCGCAAUCACAACGAGGGUAGUGACGUGAGUGAUACUAGCGCCCCAUUGAUAUCAAGAACUCCUAGUAGCAUAUGCCCAGCUUCUCCAACCCAUCAGGACGUUGUGUUAGAUAAUCCUGACUGGCUGGACGAUGUUGAUGGUCUUCCUGUCAUAUGUUGUGACGUCCAAAUGCGAGUACAACAAAUUAUCGUAGAAUAUAAGCUCAAAGAGGAAGCUUUGAAGAAAGAAUUACAUACGACCAGACUAGCGCUGAUAAAACAAGUUUGCAAUCACAAUGCGGAUACGGAACGUAUCGAUGACAUUGUGAGUAACAAUGAAAUGGAAAAUUCAUUUCAACGAAACCUUUCACAGGGUUCAUUGCCGGACUCCGUCGGGAGUACUGGAGAACACGGAGAAUCAUUGCCUUCAGAUAUGUCCUGGGAAGCAGUAGAAGAAUUAGGUCCUGCUCCCACUCUUUGGGUACCCGAUCAUGCUGUGACUAGAUGCAUGGGGUGUAAUACAGAGUUCUGGCUCGGUAGACGUAAGCAUCAUUGCAGAUGCUGCGGUAAGAUUUUCUGCGCCGACUGUUCCGAGAACUCCACCCCCUUGCCUAGCGAACAACUCUACAAUCCUGUGAGAGUGUGCAGCGACUGCUACGCGCGACUACAUCAUCAUCAAACGACGUCCUGUCAGUGCAGCAACGUUCGCCAUCAGAACACCAGAGCGGAGAACGAGACAGACUCUUCCGAAGUGGUGCCGCAAAUGGUUACGUGUCAGAGGUUGAAAAAACUGCCGCCCACUACGACGAAGGAUACCUGCUGCGACAAUUUGCUGCAAGCGACGCAUCAGAAAACGCAACCGUCCGUUGCUGCGGCCACGGCCAAUUGAACAGGAGAGAAGAGUCCGUGAGAAAAAUCUGAAGCGAAAAGGGAAAGCUGUGUACGUGUGGUGAAGAGGAGCGCGUGCGCGGUACACACACACACACAGUAUGCUGGAGAUUUGCCGAUCAACAUCACCCAACUUCGGACGGUGUACUCGUCACCGUUCUCGGAUUUAUACAUAAUUUGUAUCAGACACAAUACGCAUACGGCAUGCGAACUAACGCAUCUAAGUUUUCCUAAGCG